UCUGCAAUAGCACAACACAAACAAUUACAAACCAUGCAUUUCCACAAACACCACACCACCAUCUCCUUCCUCAAGCUCUCCAUGCUCCUCGCCCUCACCGGCGUCGCCAUGCACGUCUCCGACCCCGACCCCGACCCCGACCUCGACCUCGACCUCGACCUCGCAACCCUCCCUCUCGACGGCCGCCUCGCCUUCCGCGGCAUCUCCCACGCCGCCCGCGACUUCGGCCACCGCUUCGAGCUCCUGCCCUCCGCUGUCCUCUACCCGGGAUCGGUGUCCGACAUCGCCAAAAUCGUCGGACACGUAUACCGGCUCGGCCGUCGGUCCCUGCUCACCGUCGCGGCCCGCGGGCACGCGCAUUCGCUCCAGGGCCAGGCGCAGGCCCCUGGGGGGAUCGUCGUCCACAUGGAGGCGCUCGCAGGCCAGGAGGCUAGCGUGCACGGCGCCGACUUCGACGAAUCCCCCUACGUCGACGUGUCCGGCGGCGAGCUCUGGAUCGAUGUCCUCAGGAAGAGCCUUGAGCAUGGUCUCGCGCCAAAGUCGUGGACCGACUACCUCCACCUCACCGUCGGGGGGACGCUGUCGAACGCGGGGAUCAGCGGGCAGGCCUUCCGCCACGGCCCGCAGAUCAGCAACGUCCGCCAGCUCGAGAUCGUCACAGGGAAGGGAGAGGUGCUGAAUUGCUCGGCGGAAGAGAACUCGGACCUCUUCUACGGUGUUCUUGGCGGCCUCGGCCAAUUCGGAGUGAUCACCCGCGCGAGGAUCGUGCUCGAGCCGGCCCCGAAGAUGGUGAAGUGGAUGAGAGUCCUGUACUCGGACUUCGCGAGCUUCACCGAGGACCAGGAGAUGCUGAUCGCGGCGGGUGAGAGGACGUUCGACUACAUCGAGGGCUUCGUGAUCAUAAACCGGACGGGGCUCCUGAACAACUGGCGGUCGUCGUUCAAGCCGCGGGACCCGGCCCAAGCCAGCCAGUUCGACUCCGACGGGAGGACCCUCUUCUGCCUCGAGAUGACCAAGAACUACGACCCGGACGAGGCCGAGACCAUGCAACAGGAAGUCGAGGAGCUCUUAUCGCGGCUUCGGUACAUACCAUCCACCCUAUUCCAAUCCGAGGUUCCGUACAUUGAGUUCUUAGACCGGGUGCACGUCUCGGAGGUGAAGCUGCGAUCUCAAGGCUUGUGGGAAAUCCCGCACCCGUGGCUCAAUCUCCUCAUCCCGAAGAGCCGAAUCCACGAAUUCGCGAGCGGGGUCUUCGGAAAAAUCCUCAAGGACAGCAGCAAUGGCCCUAUACUGCUAUACCCAGUGAACAAAUCCAAGUGGGACGACAGAACGUCGGUGGUGAUUCCAGACGAGGAGAUCUUCUACUUGGUGGGCUUCCUCUCCGCGCCGUCUUCCGUGGGGCCCGACGGCCUCGAACAGGUGCUGCGGCAGAACGAAAGGAUACUGCAAUUCUGCGACGGCGCGCGCAUCGGAAUGAAACAGUACCUGCCUCACUACAGCACACAGGAGGAGUGGAGAGCUCAUUUUGGGGACAGGUGGGAGAUGUUCAAGCAGAGGAAGGAAGCUUAUGAUCCUCUGAACAUCUUAGCCCCAGGGCAGAGGAUUUUUCAGAAGCAACCACCACCUGCUUCAUGA